GGGUUGAAACGUGUUUUGUUGAUAGGUGAUCCUACAACGAAAGAUAAACCCUCCCCCUUCGAUCUUCCUUCGCAGUAAAACAGUAUCAGGGUUAUUGUUCUAGAGAAUCUUUCUUCUGCAACUUAGGGUUGUUCUUUGCGUCGCGGAAAGGAUGGCAACUUUCAUGAUGAUUCAGCGAACUGGAAAUUCCAUUUUCGCAACAUUUUUAAAGGCACGGGCUCCAUACUCGUAUAAGCUCUUCUCCAACCACAGUCUGAAACUAAAAGGCUUGUUCUCCGCCUCUCGUAAUCUUCCAUUGAGAUCCUUCGGCACCUCCGCCGUCCCAAAUAACUUCCAGAAGCCCCAGCCAUCUGAUCCUAGGGUUUUCCGACACGACGGUGGUGUAGCUCAACGUGGAAACCCCAAUCAGCGGAAUCCUCAGGAUCAGAGUUAUGCCCAACGCGGUAACCCUAACCAGUGGAGCUCUCAGAAUCAGAGUUUUGCUCAGCGUGCUAACCCUAAUCAACGGAACUCUCAAGAUCAGAAUUUUGCUCAACGCGGAACCCCUAACCUUUGGAACCCCCAAGAUCAAAACCAGAAACAAAUCGUUGAAAAUGGCGCUCCUAGUGCACCUCCUGCCAAUGUUGAUUUGAUGAGCCUAUGCAGAGAGGGAAAAAUCAAAGAAGCUGUUGAUUUCAUGACCCAAGGCGUUCGUGCUGAUCUUCCCACCUUCCGUGCACUGUUGAACUCAUGUGCUAACUCAAAGUUACUUGAAGAAGGGAAAAAGGUACAUGAUUAUGUGUUGCGGUCACCCUGUAGGACUGACCUUCAAUUGAUGAAUAAAGUGAUUGAGAUGUACAUAAGUUGUGGUAGUAUGACUGAUGCCUGUAGGGUGUUUGAUCGAAUAUCUGAAAGGAAUAUGGAUACUUGGCAUUUGAUGAUUAAUGGGUAUGCCAUAAAUGGGCAGGGGGAUGAUGGAUUGCAGCUAUUUGAACAGAUGAGGAAGCUAGGGUUGAGACCAGAUGCGCAGACUUUCCUUGCUGUUUUAUCUGCUUGUGCUAGUGCAGAAACUGUAGAAGAAGGUUUUAUACACUUUGAGUCGAUGAAAAAUGAGUAUGGGAUUUCUCCAGGGAUUGAGCAUUAUUUGGGGGUUGUUGAUGUUCUUGGGGCAUCUGGGCAUGUUACUGAAGCUAAGGAGUUCAUUGAGAACAUGCCAGUGGAACCUACAGCAGCAGUUUGGGAGACCUUGAUGAAUUUUGCUAAACUUCAUGGAGAUAUUGAUCUUGAGGACCAUGCAGAGGAAUUGUUGGUUGUUCUUGACUCCUCUAAAGCUGUUGCUAACAAGAUCCCAACCCAACCACCCAAGAAGCGUUCAGCAGUUAACAUGCUUGAGGGGAAGAAUAGAGUGAGCGAGUAUAGAAGUGCAACUCCCUACAAGGGAGAGGAAGUAAAAGGCUUGAAUAUGAAGGAAGCUGGUUACGUGCCGGACACAAGAUAUGUGCUCCAUGACAUUGAUCAGGAGGCCAAAGAGCAGGCGUUGCUUUAUCAUAGUGAGCGGUUGGCCAUCGCUUAUGGUCUAAUUAGCACUCCCGCGAGAACACCUCUUAGGAUCAUCAAGAACCUCCGUGUCUGUGGUGAUUGUCAUAAUGCAAUCAAGAUAAUGUCUAAGAUCGUUGGCAGGGAGCUAAUUGUUAGGGACAACAAGAGGUUUCAUCAUUUCAAGGAUGGCAAAUGUUCUUGUGGGGAUUAUUGGUGAUGCCUGUCAUUGUAUUAAAGUUUAUGUUUUGUUCUAUAUGACCACAUGAGCAUUGGUUAGUGUAUAAAGGUGGAUCAGAAUGUCCAGUUCUUUUUGUGGAAAUUCAUGGUGUUAAUUAUUUGUAGAA